AUGGGCUUCAUCCGUCGAAGAUUCAUCCUACCUCUAGUAUUAUCAUCCGUUUUCCUCUUUUGCCUACUACGUUCGAACUCAGUGGCCCCCAAUGGCUCAGCAUCUACUCACCGGCACCGACAUUACGGUCACUGGUGGAAGAAAUAUGUCGAGGACCACCCAGUUACCUCGAUGAUCCCCUUGCCGACACAAGCACCAGCCGAUAUUCCCACUAUCCAGUACGACUUUGCAGAAGAAGAUGAUGCUGCAAAGGUACUAAGAGAAACGAGGAGAGACGCAAUAAAAUCGGCCUUUUUGCAUUCUUGGAAUGGUUAUAAGAAGCAUGCCUGGGGGAUGGACGAGGUUGGACCUUUGUCCGGGAAGAGCAAAGACACCUUUGGUGGAUGGGGAGCUACCUUGAUCGACAGCCUGGAUACACUUUGGAUUAUGGGGUUAAAGAAGGAAUUUGAGGAAGCGGUUGCUGCAGUUUCCCGUGUCGAUUUUUCCUCGACUGAGACCCUAACCGUCAACAUCUUCGAGACCACAAUUCGUUAUCUUGGUGGCCUACUAGCGGCUCAUGACUUGACAGAAGGGGCCUAUCCAGUUCUCCUCGAAAAGGCCGUCGAUCUGGGCGAAUUCCUGUACAUUGCAUUCGACACGCCGAACCGGAUGCCUGUGCUGCGCUGGUUCUGGUUAGCCUCCAAAGAGAAACGAGAUCAAGAAGCUAGCAACGUCAAUGUUCUAGCUGAGCUGGGUUCCCUGUCGGUCGAGUUCACUCGUCUGACCCAGCUGACAGGUAAUCCUAAGUACUAUGAUGCCAUCCAGCGUAUCACCAAUGUACUAGAUAAGAGCCAGGACCACACUGCGCUUCCAGGCCUGUGGCCUAUCUCCAUCGAUGCCCUCACGCCGAAUUUUAUGGUCGAUAAUAGAUUCUCUUUUGGCGGACUGGCAGAUUCUCUAUAUGAAUAUCUGCCCAAGGAAUACCUUAUUCUCGGCGGAAGAUUGUCUCAGUACCGUUCUAUGUACGAAAAGGCAAUCGACGUGGCCAAGAAACACAUGUUCUUCCGCCCCAUGACGGAGAACGGUGAUGAUAUCCUGAUCUCCGGAACCGUGCGUGCUAGAGGAAAGUCAAUAAGCCUAGAACCAGAAAGCCAGCACCUGACGUGCUUUGCCGGAGGGAUGGUGGCAAUCGGCUCUAAGAUUUUUGACCGUCCGGACGAACUUGAUAUUGGCAGGAAGCUUGUAGAAGGCUGUAUCUGGGCAUACAAGAGUAUGCCUUCAGGGGUUAUGCCAGAAGCCUACCACGCCGUUCCCUGCUUCGACGAACAUGUCGGAUGUAGCUGGAAAAUUCGUGAAUGGCUCAACAGCGAAGAUGACGAGCAACAACCAAUAGAAGAGCUUAAACGCCGGGCAAAGGAAAAGGGAAUGUAUCCGGGCUUCAAAGUCAUCCCUAGCCCGGCCUAUCAUCUUCGACCAGAAGCCAUUGAAUCAGUGUUCAUCCUCUAUCGCAUUACGGGAGACACGUCUCUCCAGGACAAAGGCUGGGAGAUGUUCACUGCCAUCGAUAGAAUGACCAAAACCGAGAUUGGCUACGGCGCUGUUGAAGACGUCACGGCAGCGCAUCCCAUCAUCACGGACGAGAUGGAGUCUUUCUGGACGGGCGAAACCCUCAAAUAUUUUUACCUCUUAUUCAGCGAGCCGGAUCUCAUCAGUUUGGAUAAAUAUAUUUUUAACACCGAAGCCCACCCACUGCUCCGCCCGUCCUAG